AUCCUUGUUUUAUUUGUGUUUUUCUCUCUCUCUCUCUCUAUCUUUCAUUCAAUCAUUCUCCGCUCCUUUUUAACUCUCUUCUCUUCUGGGGAGUCACACAACCAAUCAUCGCCACGCUCUUGCUUUGCUUCCCUCUUCUCUCAAAAAGAUUCCCCAUUUUCCUCUCUCUCUCUCUCUCUCUCCAACAAACCAAACACUGUUUCACACACAUUCAAACACUGUUCUUUCUGUCUUCUAACCCUUCUUUUCUUCACUCUUUUCAUCAUUAUAACACCUUUUCUCUUUAUUUAGGUCCCAAAGGACCAAGUUUUUCUCUUCACGGAACCCCUUUUUAUUUUGCUUAUUAUUAGGGUUUCUGACUCCGUUUACCCCCUUUUCAGUGAGGCAGAAAGGUGAUGCAAUGAAGAAGUCUUUUGAUCCUUCAUUUUUUGGUCCUUCCAAGAUUCCACCAAUAAGUAUAUCUGGAACGUCAGGUCAUGGUGCAUUGGAAGUUUUAUCUGGAUCUGAUUCAUUUCAUACUUCAUCCGAUGCUAGUCUCUUUUCCAGCUCAUUACCUGUUCUUCCACACGAAAAAUUGAACUUAAAUGAAACUGAAAAUGGUUUUCAAUCCGUUGAUGAUAUCUCAACUAGCUUUAAAAAGCUUCAUCAAGAAGAAGAGCUCAAUGAUUCCCUUGAAGAUAGUAAUAAUCAUGCAAUCGGAACCAUGCUUCCUGAUGACGACGAUGAGCUUUUGGCUGGCAUAAUGGAUGAUUUUGACCUAAGCGGUUUACCUGGUUCCCUUGAGGACUUGGAAGAGUAUGAUAUUUUUGGUAGUGGUGGUGGUUUGGAACUAGAAACUGAUGCACAAGAAAAUCUCAGUGUGGGAAUAUCUAAGUUAAGCUUCUCUGAUAGCUCUGUUAGCAAUGGUUUGCCCCCUUAUUCUCUACCCAAUGGCUUGGGAGGCGGAUCCGUUGCUGGCGAACAUCCAUAUGGAGAGCAUCCUUCUCGGACAUUGUUUGUUCGAAAUAUUAACAGUAAUGUGGAGGAUACAGAGCUGCGUAUUCUUUUUGAGCAAUAUGGUGAUAUUAGAACCCUAUAUACUGCCUGUAAACACAGGGGGUUUGUAAUGAUAUCGUAUUAUGACAUCCGUGCUGCUCGAACAGCCAUGCGUGCAUUACAAAACAAACCUUUGCGGCGAAGGAAACUUGAUAUUCACUUUUCAAUACCAAAGGAUAAUCCAUCAGACAAGGAUAUCAAUCAAGGAACCUUGGUAGUUUUCAAUUUGGAUCCAUCUGUUUCAAAUGAAGACCUCCGCCAAAUAUUUGGGGCUUAUGGAGAGGUCAAAGAGAUAAGGGAAACUCCUCACAAGAGGCAUCAUAAGUUUAUUGAAUAUUAUGAUGUCAGAGCUGCAGAAGCAGCACUUAAAUCAUUAAAUAGGUGUGACAUUGCUGGUAAACGCAUAAAGCUUGAACCAAGUCGACCUGGAGGAGCUCGUCGCAAUUUGAUGCUCCAACUGAAUCAAGAGCUUGACCAAGACGAGUCUCGAAGUUUUCGAUAUCAAGUGGGUUCACCUCUGGCCAACUCUCCGCCAGCAGGUAAUUGGUUACAGUUCAGCAGCCCUGUCGACCAGAGUUCAUUGCCAACUGUCAAUCAUUCUCCUGGUUCCAGCAUCAUGAGCCCAACAACCCGCUCUAAUUUACCUGGAUUAGCUUCAAUUUUGCAACCACAGGUAUCUAACGCAGCAAAGACCACAACUCUUGGCAAGGAUAUAGGAAGGAGUAGUCAUGGAAACCACAUAUUUUCCAAUACGAGUUCAUCCUCUGGAUCUACUUUCAACUCACAUUCACUUCCAGAGCCAAAAUUUAGUCAAUAUCGUGGAACUUUGUCCUCGUUUGGUGCAUCAACAUCAAAUGGGUCUUCGGUAGAAACCUUGACUGCUCCACAGUUUCUAUGGGGAAGUCCAAACUUAUCCUCAGCGCAAACCAAACCUUCGGCUUGGCAAAGACCAUCCGUGGGGCAUCAACUUAGUACAUUGAAUGGAACGAGUCAUGCUUUCCCAUACUCAAGUCAGAGCAAUUCCUUUGUCAGUUCGUCCCAGCAACAUCAUCAUCACAUUGGUUCUGCUCCAUCAGGUUUGCCUUUUGAGAGGCACUUCGGUUUUUUCCCCAAGUCAUCUGAAACUUCAUUGAUGAAUAAUGUUGGCUAUAGUGGCAUGAGUCUAGGGCACAAUGAUGGAAAUUACUUGCUUAAUGCUGCAAUUUCUGGUAAUGCCGACGUUUCUAUUCCAAGAAAUAUGGCUAAUAAUGGUUCCUCAAACUUCAGAAUGAGAUCUUCUCCUAUACUUAGCCCGGUGUUUUUGGGUAAUGGUCCUUAUCCAAGAGUUUUACCUACUGCUAUGGAGAGUUUAUCUGACCGUGUUAGGAGUAGAUGGAUUGAUAACAAUGGUAGCCAAGUUGACAGCAAGAAGCUAUUUCAGCUCGACUUGGAUAAGAUCAAAAGUGGUGAAGAUACGAGGACUACAUUGAUGAUAAAGAAUAUCCCAAAUAAAUACACCUCAAAAAUGUUGUUGGCUGCCAUUGAUGAAUAUCACAAGGGCACCUAUGAUUUUCUCUAUCUGCCAAUUGACUUUAAGAAUAAAUGCAAUGUCGGUUAUGCAUUUAUCAACAUGCUGUCACCCUCGCAUAUUAUUCCAUUCUUCGAGACAUUCAACGGGAAGAAGUGGGAGAAAUUUAAUAGUGAAAAAGUUGCUUCUUUGGCUUAUGCUCGAAUCCAAGGGAAGAAUGCCCUUGUGAACCAUUUCCAAAAUUCAAGUUUGAUGAAUGAAGAUAAGCGCUGCCGACCUAUCGUCUUCCACUCAGAUGGUUCUGAAGCUGGUGAUCAGGCCAUACAUGAGCAUAUCCCCUCCAACUACAACAAUAUUCAGGCAGUUAAGUCAAGUGAGUUACAAUUAAGAGAUUCGCUCGGAUUUCCUACAAAGGACGGUUUUCAUGUGAAUUUGGAUGCAAAUUAACAUUAUAUGAAAAGAUGUAGAGUUGCUAACAGAAGGAUGUAGAUUUUGUAUCAUAAAGUAUUUUGCUAGCAUGCAAGCUUCGCUUCAUAAGCUUGGAGGCAUUUUGGUGAAUUUUCUGCACAGGUAGCCAAAGCUGGUCUGUUAAUUAAUUAAUGUACACAAGGUGGUGGGAGCAAAAGCUGAAAGGGUAAAGCAAAUAGAUCUUCAGUUUUGCUCAGUUUGGCCUUUUUUUUGGCGGUAUGUAAUUUGAAUGUUAAGAUAUGUGGUUUAGAGUUUAGUAAGGUUUGGAAUCAAAGAGUUUAGUAAGGUUUGAAAUUGUGGGUUGGUAAGAUUACUUGGGAGUUGGAGGGUACAAAACAAACUGUAGAGAGAGAGAGAAAUAAAAAUGUCUUUUUUAUAUA